AUGCAAGCAUUCAAGAAAAGAAGUGCAAGAAAACAUAUGGAUAUUAUCUUUGGCCAUGAGGGAUCUGAUUUUCUUACCGUACUGCAAAGGGAAGACCAUGACAAUGGGCUGGAUGCAACUUUGGAUGAUGAGGUUUCUACACCAAUAAAGCUACCGAGUCAGCCCCAGAGACGAGACCGGAAAAUUCGCUUCUCGUUCAAGUCUGUUGAAACCCUUGUCCCGAGGGACAGAAUUGAAAGGACGGCCAUGCAUACCUCUACCACCACGACCCCUCGACACAUAGCCACCAUAUCCGCCAUAACCUCUUCCUUGUCAAAAUCUUCGGUGAAUCUCGCUACAGGGCGUGAUGUCUGA